AGAGCCGAUUGGUCGAAGGCGGUGUCUGUCAGACGGGGAGGGCUCUGUAUUUCGCUCACUGUCAAAGCUCGAGGGACGAAACGAAGGGUUCGUUUCCGUUUGUAGGCUGCGGAAACCGAGUUUCAGAGAGCUGCGCAAGCCGAACAGAGACCGAUUGGAGAUCCUACGACCGAGAGGAGGAUAGAGGAGGACUGAGGAAGACCUAUCGUCCAGAUUUACACUAAUAUUACACUUGAAUAGCACUGAAACCCAGGGCCUGUGAAGAUGGGUGACAAGGCGGGCACAAGAGUCUUCAAGAAGUCCAGCCCCAACUGCAAGCUCACAGUAUACCUGGGGAAGAGAGACUUUGUGGAUCACCUAGACCAUGUAGAUCCAGUGGAUGGAGUGCUACUCAUAGACCCAGAAUACCUAAAAGACAGAAAAGUCUUUGUGACUCUGACCUGUGCAUUCCGGUACGGUAGAGAGGACCUGGACGUUCUGGGGUUGUCCUUCAGGAAGGACCUCUACAUCUCCACCUUCCAGGCCUUCCCUGCCCUCUCCACAGAGGAACGAAAACCACUCAGCCGGCUGCAGGAACGACUGCUGAAGAAACUAGGCCAGCACGCACACUCAUUCAAUUUCACUAUCCCUCAGAACCUGCCCUGCUCAGUCACUUUACAGCCAGGACCAGAGGACACAGGGAAGGCCUGUGGAGUAGACUUUGAGGUCAGAGCCUUCUGCGCCAGGACUGUAGAGGAGAAGAUACAUAAAAGGAACUCAGUGCGUCUGGUGAUCCGUAAGGUGCAGUAUGCCCCAGAGAAGCCUGGUCCUCAGCCAAUGGUGGAGACAACACGAUCCUUCCUCAUGUCAGAUAGAUCCCUACACCUAGAGGCCUCACUGGAUAAAGAGCUCUACUACCAUGGAGAGCCUAUCAGUGUGAAUGUCCAUGUGACCAACAACUCCACCAAAACAGUCAAGAGAGUGAAAAUUUCAGUUCGCCAGUAUGCUGACAUCUGUCUGUUCAGUACGGCUCAGUACAAGUGUCCUGUUGCACAGGAAGAGGCAGAUGACCAGGUGUCCCCCAGCAGUACGUUCUGUAAGGUGUACACCCUGAUCCCAAUGCUCACCAACAACCGAGAGAAGAGAGGCCUGGCUCUGGACGGCAAGCUGAAGCACGAAGACACCAACCUGGCCUCCAGCACCAUAGUGAAAGAUGUGUCCAAUAAGGAGGUUCUGGGUAUCCUGGUGUCCUACAGAGUCAAGGUCAAACUAGUGGUGUCCCGCGGAGGGGACGUGUCGGUGGAGCUGCCUUUUGUCCUGAUGCACCCCAAACCCUCUGACCUACCCAUCUCCAGACCUCAAUCAGUCGUCCCAGAAACAGAUGCCCCAGUGGACAGUAACCUGAUAGAGUUUGAGACAAAUAAUUUCUCUCAGGAUGAUGACUUUGUGUUCGAGGACUUUGCCCGUCUGCGGCUGAAAGGAAUGAAGGAUGAUAAGGAUGAGGAUGACCACUUCUGCUAGCUCUCCCUCCCCCAGGACCAUGCACCUGAACCUGGGGAGAGGUGCUAGGCGAGUCCCUGUUCUCGUGUUGUCUCCAGGCCAGUAGGCUCAACUUCAGAAAGGGGGAGCAGGGGCACUCAUAUAUAUGACAUUUUUCAAUCCUCCCCCUUCUUCUUUCUUGUACAUCUUUGAUGGCAUUUUCCAUUUCUACUCCUUAGUUUUGUCACGCCUUUGUUUGAGAAACAGAGAGAAUGAGAGAUGAAACAGAUAGAAUGAGAGAGAGAUGGAGAGAUUUAUAGGAGUAAAGAGUCGACAGUCACUGUUUUAGGAAAUCAUUCUAUAUGUUUUGGAUCCAUUCUUUGAUUCAGGGUUGAUCGUCUAUGUUCUAUAUGUUCUAAAGGUCCCAGCUUUAUAAGAAGCGGGCAGACAGACAGAUACAGUGAGGGAAAAAAGUAUUUGAUCCCCUGCU